GCAGACAGACCCUCGCCCUGGUGGCUUCUCCAUCCAUAUCCUUAAAUCAGUUGACCCUUCGUGUUGGAGGACUGAAUGGUGCUUCAGAUUACGCUUCUUUUUAUUUGGGCAAAGGCAAACUGUUGACCACGCGGUUUACACUACCGAACAUUUUUAUUUGCACCCCUUAAAGUUGUGGCGAAUUUUCAAAGAGAUUCAAGAGGAAGGCGCUUUUCUCGAUCACUAUAAACCGAGAUCUUCAUAACAUCUCGUUCACGAUUUUACAUUUCAGAUUUUACAUUUUUAAGUUAGAUCUGUUCUAAGUGUUUGUGUAGUUUAGAAAAUGACAGAGGCGGAAUUGUACUCUGUAUAUAAAGGGGUGUUCGUCCCAACUCACUUGCACCCUCCUGAAUGUCUAAAAUACUACGAGGACUUUACUUUCCGUCCGGAUGACAUCCUUAUCGUUACCUAUCCUAAAUCUGGUACAACAUGGAUGCAGGAGAUCGUGCCUCUAAUAGUGAGUGAGGGAGAUUUCACUCCUGUACUGACUGUCCCAAACUGGGACAGAGUCCCAUGGCUGGAGGAACACAGAGCGAUAAUUCUUAAUCUAGAGCAAAGACCCUCACCCCGCAUCUUUGCAACUCACUUUCAUCACCAAAUGAUGAACGAGUCUUUCUUCAAAAUAAAGCCAAGGGUUCUUUAUGUGUUCAGGAACCCAAAAGAUGUGUUCACAUCUUCAUUUCACUACUAUGGGAUGGCUUCAUAUCUGGUGAAACCAGGAACACAAGAUGAGUUCAUGGAGAAAUUCCUUGAUGGAAAAAUAAUGUUUGGCUCUUGGUUCGAUCAUGUGAAAGGAUGGCUGAAUGCUGAGGAACCCAUACUGCAUCUUUUUUAUGAAGAGAUGAUAGCUGAUUUGAAAGGAUCUGUAGAAAAAAUCGCAAAAUUUCUUGGAAAAUCACUGAGCCAAGAAGUGAUCGAGAAAAUAGCUGACCACUGUGUCUUCAAAAACAUGAAGCAAAACAAGAUGUCCAACUAUUCCCUGGUUCCUGAAGAGUUUAUGGACCAAAAGAAAUCUGAAUUUCUGAGAAAAGGAGUUGCUGGUGACUGGAAGAAUCAUUUCACUGAGGCUCAAGAGCAGCGAUUUAAUGCUGUGUACAAAGACAAAAUGAAAGAUGUGAAAUUCAAAUUUAUGUGGGACUGAACUAAAUUCAUUCAAUCACUCUUACUUUAAAAGAUAUAAGCCACAUGAUUUUUGACAUCUAUUACAGUGGUGAUAUACUUUAAAAUUUGUAACCUUUUAGAGUGUUAUGUUACAUUUGAACCAUUUGAAUAUUGAAAGCCUUUGACCUUUUAUAUUCUAUGUGACAAUGUAAAUCUUUUAAAGGUCCUGUUCAUCCUGAUCCCAUUUUUUAAACUUUAGUUAGUGUGUAAUGUUGCUGUUAGAGCAUAAAUAUAAAAGCAUAAACAGCGCUAUAGAGAUAAGUAAAUUGAAUGAAAAAUAAUUAGUUUUUUUUACAUGUGAAACAUGAACAUGUUAUAUUGCACACUGUAAACACAAAAGCUUCAAAAACACAGAAAAACGGGACCUUUAACAACAUGAACUUCAUAAAAUGUCUGACUGAAAAGUAAAAAGGGAAAGUAAAAAGGAAAACUCUACACAUUUUAUAGUUUAUUAAUUAUUUGCAUAAAUGGGUAUAGAGACAGAGCGCCGCGCGUCAUAACCUGAAAACCACGCCCA